AUGGGCGCUAUCAGGGAUAGUGAAGUAAAACAAUUAUUUUUAAAUGCCAAGCCACGAAGGUUUGAGUUUGGAGAUGAGACGAUGUCAAAUACUCAAAUGAGAGAUCCAAAUUUAGCAAAUGGGAACCGGGUUAAGUCUAAAUACUUUCAGAGCAUUGAAGCUGGGACUGAUGAUAAACGAGUAUUAAAGCAUAUUAUGAUUAAUAUUCUGAACCUGAGGAAUGGAAUGGAAGAUAACCUACUCCUAAUCCAAAAAAUCAACCUGAUGAUACAGAAGGAAGAAGAGGAGCAGAAGGGUUUUGAUGAUGCGAUCCAUGCUGCCCAGCAACAUAUUGACUCCAUUAAUACAGUGUAUAUACUGGGAGUAUCCUGGCUUAAAGAUGAAACCGAUUAUGUUUUGAAAGUAAUAGAAGAAUUGCCGGAUGAAGAAAAUCUUGAAGAUGAAGGGAAGUUUGACAGUUUUAAAACUGAUGAAUUAAUGGAUGACUUUGAUGAUAUAAAGAUUGAGAUAAAUGAUCCUGAGCAGUUUACUAGUGUGAAUCAGACCCAGAUAGAAUCUGUUUUCUCUUCCACACUUCUGAAAGAGGAACCGAGGGAGAUAAAACUUGUAAAAGAUUUUGAAAAGUCAAAUUCUCUUUGGAAAUCAGCAGAAACUUUACGAAAUGAACCAACCCACACAGAAAAUUUAGAAGCAAAUAAACAAGAUGUUUUUCAGUUCAAAUGCGAUCUAUGUAAGUUUACUGGAAUCACAUUGCAGCUCUUCAAGGAACAUAAAGAUGUUUUCCACAGUGAAGUUUUGUAUCCAUGUAACGAUUGCCAAUAUAUUGGAUCAUCAGCAGUUAAACUGAAAGUUCAUAAAUCUCGGGAACACACAGACAAAAACUUUCAUUGUGAUAAUUGUGAUUUUAUGUCGACUAAACUUGAACUUCUGAAAGCGCACAUAAAAAGAAAACAUUCGGAUAAAUCAUAUUGCGACCAAUGUGAGUAUUCUGGUGUAAAGACUGAAGUUAAAAGACAUAUUAGAAUUAAGCAUGAAGGAUUAAGAUACUCUUGUGACCAAUGCAAUUACAAAGCCACUCAAAAAUCUCGUUUAUUAAAACACAUCAAAAUCAAGCAUGAAGGUCUUAAAUAUUCUUGUGACAAGUGUCCGACAGUUUUUACGGAUGAUAAGAAUUUAAGAAGACAUAUUUUAAGUGUUCAUGAAGGAAAACGGUUUUAUUGUGAUCAAUGUGAGUACUCAGCCACUCAACCAACUCAGCUGAAAGAGCACUUUGACGGAGCACACAGAGGUAUAACUUAUCCCUGUGAUAAAUGUGAAUAUGUAGGAACUCAAGUUGGGUACUUGCGCCAUCAUAAACGUACAAAACAUACUUUCGAUGAAAUUCACAAUUGUAACCAAUGUGAGCAUGUAGCAAGAUCAAGAGGAUAUUUGAAGUUGCACAAAAAGAGUGUACACGGUGUACAUUACGGUACAACAGACGAAGAUUUAGAUGUGUUCUGCGAUGAAUGUGGACAUGUAGCAAACACGAAAGAAGAAUUGAUCGUGCAUAAGAAUAAAGAUCAUGAAACGUCUAAAAUGUUAAGCUGUGAUCAAUGUGAUUUCUCAACCUAUCACUUGAUUUCUUUUAAUUCUCAUAAAAAUUUGCAUGAUUUAAACUUUUCUUGUAAUCAAUGUUCCUUCCUCGGAACAACAAAAAAGAAUUUAAAGAUGCACAUAAAUAUGAUUCACGAGGAUGUUAAGUAUAAAUGUGAUUUAUGUGAAUAUGUUGCUCAUCAAACUUCUCAUCUAAAAGUGCACAGAGAAGCCGUUCAUCUUGGUAUUAGAUACCAGUGUGAUAAAUGUGAAUUUGCAGCAACUGCUAAGGGAACUUUGAAACAGCAUAAGUUGAGCAAACAUGACGACACGAAGUAUCCCUGUGAUGAAUGUGAAUUUGUUGGAUCAACACCGAUUAUGUUAAGAAGACAUAUGAAGACAAAACAUGACUGAAGGGGGCCGUUACUAGCUAUCUACUUAAAUACCAUAAUUAUUGCAGUUAGUACUGAUUGCAACCCCGUAAUGUCAAAAGUAUUGUUACAGUCAGUUAAAUUUACAUUUGCGGGGUAAAAUAUGUAAAUGGGCAAUUAUGUAUCAAAAUAAUGUGAUUAAGUGAAAAUCUGCGAUUUGACUAAAAUUUAGCAAAUUAAAAAAAUCCAAAGUUAAAAAAUUAAAUUUUCGAAAUACUGGGGAAAAAGUUUUUUUUUUAAAUCCAUAGAUUUAUCAAAACCUUAUUUCGAGUGACAACUUCCCAAAUCUACAUUUUCUUAAUUCUUUAAUUUCUCAAAAGACACUCUUAAAAACUACUUGCAGCCCUCGCCCCUGACUGUAUAGUGUAUCUUGCCGCAGCGCAAUGUCGCAAACCGAACCAAACCAAAUCAUUUGCAGUAGAAAUCUUUCUUCUUUCAGCCAAAUUUACAUUUUAAAAUUUCUGUUUGAAACAAUACAUUUGGAAAAUUUUGAGUGGAGAAAAUGCUGAUGGAAAAGUACCUGAACACUAAACAUUAUUAUUUUCAG